AUGUUAAGGUCUCCCGGAAAGUUUGUUUGCCAGCAACUCGGAUUUUCCCAGGCCCCGACAUCCCACCACCAGACCAACCAGGUUGCAUUCAGGCGAGUAGAGCAGACCCAAGGCAGCCGAGUGAAGUUGGAAUCUGCAGAGAUCAAUCUGCUGAAGGUCUGUGAAGAGGUGCGGGACCUCUUGACGACGGCGUUGAUCUCCCGAAGCCGCGAUUGGCUGAAGGAGGUCUUCGGUGGCAGCUGCCAACGCACUGCCAAAGUCUGCGCGGUCUUGGAAGCUGCCAGGCUGUCACCGGAGCGGGCCUCCGACCCUCGGCUUCAGGGCUGCCGGAACGCCUGCGAGUCGGUCGAGGAGGUCUUGAAGGAUCUGGGCCUAGGGGCGGCAUUGCGAGCUGCACAGGAGCGAGAGCGAGAGGCGCCCAAAAAACAACACCGUGCUACUGAACAAUUGCAGGCGUACCUUCAGUUGCAGCAGUAG